AUGAAUCCCUAUUACUCCGGUCAGAGUGGCAACCCAAACCAGCAGAGCCUCUCCUCCACAACCGACCCUUCGCGAUACCAACACUCCCUCGCGUCGGCGAAUGACCCUACACUCCAAUAUCAAGCCUCGGGGCAAGUGGCUGGUUAUCAGUCACAGACAUAUGCGUCGCAAAUGCAACCGCACCCGUACCACCCGUCCUCGGGAUACGCGAACGUGGGCGUUCCACACCCAUCAUACCAGUCUCCGCAGUAUUCGCAAAUGCCUGCGGAACAACAAAAUGUUUACAGCCCGCAAGCCUACGGGCAGCACAGCCCCGCAUUCCCCGCCGCAGGCUCUAGAUCCGGGCAAUACUCUGGCGGGCCACCCGCAAGCCCCACAUACGGGAGCUCGUCGUACGCUCCGGCGCAUCCCGCGCAAUACGGCCUCGUCUCUCCCGCGCCACACCCCUCCGCACCGCAGGCCACGCGGUACAUCCCCACACCCGCACAGUCAAUGCAAUCGUACGCAUACGGCACGGGGCGCGGUGGUGCAUCUGGCAGCAACAUCGUCCUCCCACCGCCGGCCUCGCCCUCGCCAGGCAUCGAACGCUACCAGUGCGAUCGCUGCGACCGCACCUUCUCGCGCCCGCACGACCGCAAACGGCACUACGAGAGCCAGCACAUGUUGACGUCGCAUACGUGCCAGUACUGCAGGAAGGACUUCAGUCGCGCGGACUCACUGAAACGGCAUCUAGACAACGGGUGCGAUAAGGCACCGGGCCCGUAG